UCUGUUCGGUCGUAGAGGGAUUCCGUCGCUGGCCGUGCGCUCUCGGUGCUGUAAAGAAAUGCGCUUACAAUUUCUCCAUUUGGGUGCACAAUAAACGGCGACACACAACGCUGCUGGCCACACCAGCCACUUGUUUCUCACCAGCCAAAAGGCAAUGUGCGUAGAUAGCUGCUACGGGCGAGAGUGAUCUUGGAUGAACCCACGUGUUUGAGGUUAGGGUUCCAACGACGACGACGGUAACGACGUCUAUUUUACGGCUGUGAAAAAAGCAGAGCGAUCCCUACAGCGGCUCCGACGGAUAGGCCGAGUUGAGGUGUUACAUAAAAGAAAAAGAGGGUAAAGCGAAACACGAAAAGGAGAACGCGUAGACGACGAUGGCGUUCAGUAGUGAUGCGGUGUUAACUGUUGCCCUGCGAACCAAGUACGAUGUUCGCCGUAGCAAAACCGUCGGCGAUGAUGCAUUCGAGUGCCUGCAAUACCUUCACGAAACGAAACCUAUCGAACCGAAGUGUCCUCCUACACGGGAUGAGUUGAUUGCAUCCGGGCAGCUUCCGACGACCGAGGCGGCCGUCGAUCCGGAGGCACUGUUCGAGGAGCUGUUCAUGGUGGACAUCGAUUACCUAAAAAGUUUGGAUCCGAAAGAUUGGAAGAAUCAAGAUCACUACGCCGUGCUCGGAUUGAAACGGAUGAGGUUCGUGGCGACCGAUGAAGACAUCAAACGGGCGUAUCGUAAGAUCGUGCUGAAGCAUCACCCGGACAAGCGGAAAGCGCUCGGCGAGGAAGUGAAGCAGGACGAUGAUUAUUUUCACUGCAUAACGAUGGCAUACGAGACGCUCGGUUCGCUCAAGAACCGGCGCGCGUUCGAUUCGAUCGAUCCCGAGUUUGACGAUUCGCUGCCGUCGCAAUCGGAGGUAGACAAGGACUUUUACGGUGCGCUGUGUGACUUGUUUCAGCGUAAUGCGCGUUGGAACGAAUCGAAACGUGCGGCCCCGCAGCUGGGCGACGACAACACGCCGCGUGAGCUGGUUGAGGACUUUUACGACUUUUGGUACAACUUCCAGAGCUGGCGUGAGUUUAGCUACCUGGACGAGGAGGACAAAGAGAAGGGUCAAGAUCGCGAGGAACGGCGCUGGAUCGAGAAGCAAAACAAAGUGAUCCGGUUGAAGCGGAAGAAGGAGGAAUCGGCCCGCAUCCGGGCGCUAGUGGACCUGGCGUACAACAGUGAUCCGCGUGUUGUGCGCUUCAAGCGCCAGGAAAAGGAACGCAAACUGGCCGCGAAGCGCGCGAAACAGAACGCGUACCAGGCGCAGAAAGCGGAAGAGGAACGGGCGGCCAAGGAAGUGGCCGCCGCCAAACAGCGUGCCGAAGAGGCGGAACAGAAACGUAUCGAGCAAAUCCAAAUCGAGCGCGAGCGCACGAAGCGUCUGCUGAAGAAGGAGCGCAAGCAGCUGCGAGACACGGCCAAGGCAAAGGAGUACUUUACGACGGACGAAAAGGAGCGCCUGAAGCAUCUCGAGGGGGUGGAGAAGCUCAUCGAAUCGUUCAAACUGCUCGAGCUGCAGGACUUUAACCGGGAACUGACGGCGGGCGGCCGGGAUGUAUUCGUGAAGGCACUUGGCGAGCUGGAGGCGAAACUAGAAGCGGAGCGGAUGGUGGCGAUCCAGCAGCAAACGAACAGUACGAUACCGAACAAUGCGGGCCUUAAGGUGGUUAACCGGAAAGCACUGUGGUCACACGAGAACGUGCAGCUGUUAAUCAAGGCGGUCAAUCUGUUCCCGGCCGGUACGAUCUCACGCUGGGACGUGAUAGCAAACUACCUGAACCAGCACGGCACCGAGCUCGGUGACUUGCGGUUCUACGCGAAGGACAUCCUCAACAAGGCGAAGGAACUGCAGAGUGGCGAUUUCUCAAAGAGUGACCUUAAAACGGUGGUGAACCAGCAGGCGUACGAGUCGUUCGAGCGCAGCAAGAAGGAUCUCAAGAUUAUUGACAACUCGGAGAUCAGCACCAAGGAAGAGCAACAAGGAGCAGCAACGGACAACCGGAAGAAGCAGAACGGCAUUGAGCCUGCACCAACACGAGGCAAAUCGCCCAUGGUCAACGGGCGACAUGACACGAAAGACGAGGACAACACUAGCAACAGCAGCAGUCCCGAAAGCAAGCCUAAUCAGCCCAGCAAGCAGCCUGCGGCCGUUGUCAAUGGCAACGGGGUAGAUACAACGCCGGCAGCCGACGGUGGAAAGGCCCCACCGACGAAGGCGGCCAAAAAAUCGGACAAAGAGGCGGCGAACCGCGUGUGGAGCAAGGAGGAACAGGCCCUUCUCGAGCAGGCCAUCAAAACGUACCCUGUUUCAUGCGGUCCCGACCGCUGGGACCGGAUAGCGGAGUGUAUACCGAAUCGAACGAAAAAAGACUGUAUGCGGCGCGUGAAGGAGCUGGUCGAUCUGGUCAAUGCCAAGCGCGAGGCACAGCAGGGCGUCAAGUAGAGCCCACGGCCCCUCCUCCGUGGAGCUGCCUUUCUGCCAUUUCCCUUUUCCCUCCUACGUCGUAUUAUCUCCCGCAGAACAACCGAGAGUGAAGUUAACCUUAUAAAAACAUGUACAUAAUCUGAGUGCCGUCUCUCCUCUCCGACCGGCAGCGAUCCUCUUGUCUUCUGUUUCACAUCAAAAGUAGGACACUCGAUCGCCAAGUGCGAUCGAAAUGAAGAACCAAGUAAAAUCUCUUGCUAAACCAACCCAAGCGUAGUCGUGGUCCGAUUUAACACACACCGAAAACCCAAAUGAAUUCGUCGAUUUCAUUCGUAAUGCU